UAAAAUAUAUCUUCUAACAGCUAAAUCCAGCCCUUCUUUUUCUAUAAAACCCGCACCAAACGACCUCAUUAACCUUCCUUUCUUUCGAAUUAAUUUGGGUCCUCCUAUUUUAGGGUUUCUGUUCCCCCAAUAAUCUCUCUCUCCUCCCCUCUCUGCGUUUCGUCAGCUAAGUAUUCUUCUUUCAGUGUCUCUCUAUUUUUGUUUUUAGAUCUAGAGUCUCGGAUCUAAUUUUUGGGUGAUUUCUUACUCUCGUGUUUUCUAAAAAUCCGUGCUGUUCGAUUUGGGGAUCGAAAAUUAGGGUUUUGUAAGAAGUACCAAUGUUUUUAGAAUUUCUAUGAGUUACGCUAUACUCAUGCGUCGAAUUCGGAUUCUUCACUCUUUCUCGGUUGUGUUUCUCUACUGGUUUUAUGUGUUCUCAUGAAUUAAUCCAAUUUAUUUUCUAGAUCUCGACCCCUAGGUUCUUUUUACAAUCUAAUUAUAACCGAAUUGGAUAGGUAGGUAUUGAAUUUAUUUGAUCUUGUUAGCGAAGAAUAUAGAAAUUGUAAAAAAUGUCUGCAAGGCAAGCGGCGAGCUCAGGAUCGGAUAGUGAUCCGCGAUAUGCGAAUGUCGAUGAGAGGAAAAGGAAGAGGAUGAUAUCCAACAGGGAAUCUGCGAGGCGUUCCAGGAUGAGGAAGCAGAAACAAAUGGGGGAUUUGGUCAAUGAAGUGAGCAAAUUGCAGAACGAGAACAAUCAGUUGAUGCAGGGUAUCAAUGUUGGCCAACAACGCCGCAUGGCGAUGGAGUCAGCCAACAAUGUCCUGAGGGCUCAGGCUGUGGAAUUGACUGAGAGGCUGCGGUCGUUGAACUCUGUGUUGCAGAUUGUGGAGGAUGUUAGUGGGCUCUCUAUGGAGAUACCCGAAAUACCCGAUCCUUUGUUGAAGCCGUGGCAGCUCCCCUGUUCAGUAAUGCCCAUCAUGGCAUCUGCUGAUAUGUUUCAAUAUUAGUGUUUGUGGGCCUGUUCGGUGCUUUGGUGGAAGAUGUUGUUUGUCUAUCGUCCGGGGUUCAUCUUUUGCUUGCGUGGGUCUUUAUAACAGCAUGGUUUAAUGUCUUAGGUGGAUGCUGGUAUGGUGUGUGUUUGAUAGCAGUGUGGUUUUGUCGAAGUUGUGAUGUUAUGGGUCCUGUUUGAAUUUCAAUCACUGUUUAUAAUGUAAUCAAUUUCCAAUUUGUGUCA